AUGGCUGCAGCCGCCGUUCCCAGGUGGAAGCCGAACAAAGACGAGCAGGCCGACCUUGACGCAAUGAAUACGGCUGUGGCGCGCAUCAAACGACAUACGCCCAGCGAUCCCUACUUCCUCGAGAUUCCGCAAGAGAAUGGGGCGCGAUACAACCAUCAUCCGUCGCAACGGUACCAAUGGACACGCGACACGCCAUUUGCCCGAAAUGAAAAGGAGAGCCUCCAGUAUCAGACUUUCCAUCUCUACGAACAGGGCAAGGAAAUGUUCGAGCAGCAUAGCACUCGUUUGGACGAACCCGUAAGCAUUCGGCAGGCGGGUGUGCGUACAGGCACACCCAGCACAGCACCGAAGACCAAAAUCAGCCUCGCGGCGUACAAGAAGAAGCAGAAUGCGGCGACCGCGACUCCGGAGCUGAAGGCGCAAAAGGCAGGCGAUGUGCCGGGUAAGCAGGCGGCUGUGAAGGGUCCGGUGGAGAGGGCAAAGGCGGAGACUGAGGAAAUGCUAGCUGCGAUCGCCGAAGCAGAGCCAGAAGCACCGCAGGCGCAGAAGAAAGAGUCGCAGGCACCCGGCAAGGAUUUGAAGCGCAAGAGAGAGGAGCUCGAGGAAUAUCAGAGGGAUGGAGAGAGGGGGCUCGCAGCGGCCAAGAGGGAUGUUGGGCCAGCCGCGAAGAAAGCAAAACCGGUGGAGAACGAACCUACGGAGGGUACAGUCGUUCAAGACACACAACAGAGAGAGCCCCAGAGGAAGCUCGGGGCGGCGGCAACCACACACAACAUUGCUGUGCCAAGUCAAAGCAAAGCGGACGAGAAGAAGUUGCCUCCUCGACUAUCACCGACAAUGUCUCCUCUGCUCCCAGCGCGACUUUCGCCGCUCGAAGAAUCAUCAGCAAUGUCCCUGCCUCCGCGACUGACACCGACGAUGCCAUUGAACAUUUCGAAAACGCUCGAGGACGAUGUAGACGUCCCGUCUGCAUCGCAAUCAUCCCUACCGCCUGCUGCCGAAGUCGAGUUCCAGGAGGAUUCAAAAAAGAAUACAUCCAGCAAGGACACUACAAAGCGCAAAUCUCCACUGCCGCCACGCAAUGGCUUCCGCACGGCUUCCGACUCACUGGCGGUACGAUCGGAAGUGACUGAGAAGUUGCUGGAUGCUACUCCCAAGGCGCAAGUGCCGUCGAAGGACGGCGAGGUUGCAGCGCCGAAACUGGAGAAAACCAAAGCAUACAACCCAGGCGUUUCACCGAUUCUGCAGAAACCCCGCCUGCUGUUGAAGCUGAAGUAUAGGAAGUCUCAGGCAUCUGCGAUCAAACGCAUUCUCAACAUGCGUGUGGCGCCUUACAAGAAUGUACCGGCUUCUAACCUCGAUGUGUCUCAAAGCUCUGCGAAUGAGCUUAGACCGGCGUCGAAUGAGAAGGCGAAAGAAGAGUCGAAAAGUGGUAACGACAACGUCAAGGGUGUCGCGCAGAAAGUUGGACCAGCCAAAAAGGACAGGACGACAGAGAAACAGCCAGUCGCAGAAAAGCGACCCCCCAUGGAAAAGCCUUCCAUUUCAAAUUCCGCAAAGCAAAAUCCGGCAGACAAGCGGCCUGUUGCUGAAAAGCCGCCAGCGAUAGAGAAGCGCAAAUUGCCCGAAGAGGAAAGGCAUGAGCCUUCUGCGAAACGGUUGAAGGACGAGGCGGCUGCAGCGCGCAAAGGGCCGUCCACUCCAGCGCAGCAGGUGGUUGAGUCGCCUUCUACUGCAAAAGCACAGCUGCAAGCUACGCCAAGCGCUCGUAACAACUUGCUAGCAGUCGCCAUGGCACGAGACAGGUCGCAAGACAGUAAUAGCACGCAGACUCCUCCUGCAGCCGCAGAUACUCCCAGCACCAGUACCACAUCUCAACCGAAUGGGAUCGCGAGACAUGCUUCCAGUCAGCCUAGCAGCAAGACCGCCAAGGAGCAGGCGUGGGCCGCCGAAGCACGACAGUUCGGAAAGUUGGGCAAGGAGCUGAAGCAUGCCGCUUCAGCUCAUCAAAGUAACAGGAUGAACGGCGGAACCGUCUCAGUGAUCGAUCAGAAGUUGGCCGCGGUCAAGUCCAUCGAGUCCUUUCUCAGUUUCAUGGUCGGCUUUUGUUGUGGAGAUGAAGCCGGACAAGCUGCAGAACCGAGGCCACAUCCACCAGAGAUCAGGAAUUGGCAGAGCUUGCAAGGGUUUCAGGGCUUCGUCAAGCGUAAUGCGGAGCCAUUCCCCGCCCUAUCUGGUCUGACUGCUUCGCUGAGCGUGGUUUUUGCACAGCGAGCGCUGGAGAUUGCCACACAGUAUCAUCGAGAGGACGGCAUAUCCCGACCUGAAAUCUUCAUGAUGCAAGCUUUGCUGACCAAGUCCGCCGCCGAGGCGGAUGCAAAGCUCGAUGUGGACAUUCUGACGGACUCGUUUCCCAAGUCAUGGAGUCAGCGGGCGAGAAAGAAUCCUCCUGUGAAGGAGAAGUUGGAGGUGGGGAAAUUGGGCGGACAGUAUAAACUUCCCAUCGGCCUUGCAACCUCGCCCAUCCGCGCCGCACGCGCUGGAUGUGCGCUUCUGAGGGAGUGGUUGGAUGCGGAGAAGAUCAACUACAGCUUGAAGCUGAAGCUUGAUUGA